CAGAACAGAAGAGAAUAAAAUUUUAGUCACUUGUAUCUUGGACAUCAAAAUCAAUACUUUCAACAAGCUAAGCUAAGCUAACUAUUCCUACAGUUACUAGCAGUUGUUCAUUUGUAGGAAAUAGAUUUCUAUUAUCAAUGCGUUUUAGUCUAGUGUUGUAUGAUUAAUUAAUGAGUCGACAUCUUGAGAAUACGUUCAUUAGAUGUAUUUAAAUACUCUGAAAUCAACAAACCAGUGUUAGCAAUAAUGUCAUUGAAGGCCUAUGAAGAUGCUUGUACAAGAGCGGAAUUAUUUGGUCAGCCAAAACCUGAUAAGGAAGAAUUUUUGGAGAAACAUAAACAUUUAGAUGUGGUGGAAUUCGAAGAAGUAGAAAUUAAGACUGCUGAGAAUACAGCAAUGUUAGAUGAUCAAAUGAAAGAAGCUACGGGUGGUCUCAGUGAAUUAAAUACUAUUUUGGAUUCAACUCAAACGAAGUUAAACAAGUUAAAGGGAGUAUGUGGCAGUCUCACAAAUUUCUUCCGGUUGAAACUGACAUCUCGAGAUAACCUGUCAUAUUCUAGUGAACCCAGCUACGUAGGACAAACAAAUUAUGAUAAAGAUUAUAUACCAGCAACCACAGAGGUAAUCUCUAUUAACGAAGGCCUCGGUCCCAACGACAACGAAAUGUCAUUGCGCGCCAAAACUAAUAAAAAUGGCGGUCGUAGCCCGGGAAAAUCGCAAAAUGGCGGCGAUAUAAAUUCUGCGCUUGAAACUUUGAAUGAAAUGCAAAAAAGUGAAGAUAAUUCUGUAUUAAGUAAGGCGGCGUUUGCGGAUGUAGGUAAGCAGAUGACGUCACAGAUGAGUAAGUUAGAUCAGAUGAUUGGCCAAGCAGAUAGAGCUCAGACAUCUUUGAAUCAGCAGAACAAACAAAUGAGGUCCUUUCUUCGAUAAAGUUGGUGUCAUGAAUAUUGUACCUUCAAUUAUGCUCAACUUAUGGCGUUGCGAUACUUACAGCUGAUAUACAUUUAAAGUUGUAUACCUACUUCAAAAUAUUUUAAAAAUGAAUACUCGCGGGGAUAUAAUAAGAGAAUAUGUUAAUAGUUAUACCUAAACUCGAAAAUGAAUCAUCAGCAGUUUUUUAGUACAAAUCUGUAGAUGAACUUUUCAAUGUCCUUAAGCGUAGUAUCAAUUCAACAUUGAGAUUCUACUGCAGUGUACAGGAAUUGUCCCGUAAAAUAAGGACCUACUUGACUACCAUUACAAGCAUGUUUCAUAUCCAGUUUGGAUAUUUCUUUCUCUUACUGCUGCAAUGGGCUUUGUUCACUUUAAAUAAGGCAAAAAUAUUUUCACGAUGUUUGCGUCCAUACUUAAGUAUGUAUUAGAGCAUUUAUAAGUAUACAAUAAUAUUUGUAUUUAUCAUAAUAAUUUUAUCUCAGUUGUACUGUAGAAAAUGUUAUAUUAGUGACGGUCAUUGUAUGUGAAUAAGCUUAUAUAUAGUAUCAUAAUGUGUAAGAAGGCGUAUGAACAUAAGAAUGCACGUUUAGAACGAGAAAUAAUUCUCUAAAUGUUAAUUCAUCGUUUAUAACAGCAGAAGCGUUAUGUUUUGAACUGGCUAUAUAAAGAAAAGUAUGUAUAAAAUAAAAUAUAGUAAAAUAUGCUAUUUGCCGAAACGUUGAGCACAUGGAGUUUGGAAGCGAAAUUGUUUUUAACAAGUAUUUCAGAGCGGCUCAUCGAGGUUUCUUAUGACCCGCGAGCUGGUAGCUACUUUGCCCAGAGGUUAUCAGGUUAAGUAAGGCCAUUCAAAGAGGCAUCGCUGCCAGUAACUUGGAUACGCGGCUUCAACGUACCGCGUUGGAUUAUAAUGAUUGUUUUUUUUGUGAAUUGUAAGUAUAUGUAAUUAUUUCUAUACUCAAGUUAUUCAACAUAAAUCUAAAGUUUAAUUAGGACACGUCACACCCUACUAGGAGGUAGUCAGAGAAAGAAACGGCAAACCACUUGGUAAUACAGUACAAUUGGCGUUAUUAUGAUUUUUAUACGUCAGGCAGGAGCUAACUCCAAGGAAAAAAGGAGUUGACUUUUAGCCGCUCCAUGAAUCCUUCCGUGGGUUUGCACUUCUGAACUCAGUUCUCCAUAUUUUCGGCUGAUAAAGGACAGAUGCGGGGAACACUAUUAAAAGUAUCAAUAGUUUGUUUGACAAGUACUUUGUCUACAAAAAUAAUAGGUUUCUUUUCGGCCUACUGUUGACCGCUGUUAGCCGGCCUUUACAGCUUCAUUGGCGAUAAGGGCGAGUGCAGAUGGCAUUCCAAACCCGCGGAAGAACUUAUAGAACGGCUUAAGGCUAACUCCUGCCUGACGGAUACGACUUCAGUCUGAGGGCACCGCUAGGGGUUCGAACCUCGGCUCAGGCCGUCGUAAUUUCGUUCCCCAUUUGAAUCGGUCGGGGGAUCUAUUGGAGGGGAAAAAUAAUAGGUAUAUGUUAAAUCUUAUACCAACUAUAUAUGGUAUAUAUGAAGCUUAAGUAGUAUUUAUACCUAAUUAAUUAAUUGGUAAUGAAUAACUUUGGUGCUUUGAUAAAAUAUGAUAUAGGUACCUACAAUCCAUUGUUCGAGUGGGAAGAAAUGUAUGCUACCUAUUGUUACUUGCAGACAAUAUUAAUAUAACUCGUUAUCUCUUCUCUAAAGAAUAUAUUUAUAGCACUCUUA